AUGGAAAUGCGAGCUUCACAAACCAACAAUGGUUCCAGUUCAUUAUCAGCCGUGAUAACUCAUCAUACUAGUGCUGGGCCCAGUCACGCCCAUCAAUCGGUUUCCCACCAUGCUCAGCAUUUGCAACAUCAAGCCACGCCGCACACAUCAAAUACUGCAUCUGCACAUCACAUACAUUCCUCAUCUACUGGGACUUUAGUAGCAUCAUCUUCAGCGCAUCAUCACUCACAUUUAGUUCAAUUGCAAUCGCAGCAUCAACAUGAAAUUUCAUAUGCGCAAGCAAUUCUAAGUGAAAAUGAGAAAAGUAUAGGGAAAUUAGAUGUUUACAACAAUAGCAGCACCUUUGAAGGUGAUUUGGCUACUACUUCCGCUACUACAGGCAGCACCAUAGCCGUCGCUUCUACAACAUCUACAGCAAAUUUUAUGCAACAAACAGCCGUGGAAUGGUUAGCAGCAAUGAACGAAGCUCAGACAUCUAUUGAAGAUAACCAUAGUUCACAAGGAAGUUUGUCUGGAGAUGGUCACGGAGGCGUCAAUCAGCUGGGUGGCGUUUUUGUCAAUGGACGACCGCUUCCCGAUGUGGUACGGCAACGUAUCGUUGAAUUAGCACACAACGGCGUUCGUCCUUGUGACAUAUCACGACAAUUGCGCGUUAGUCAUGGCUGUGUAUCGAAAAUCCUUUCAAGGUAUUACGAGACUGGGAGUUUUAAAGCCGGUGUUAUAGGGGGCUCGAAACCUAAAGUUGCCACUCCACCUGUUGUUGAUGCGAUAGCUAAUUACAAACGUGAAAACCCAACCAUGUUUGCAUGGGAGAUACGAGAUAGACUUCUAGCGGAAGGUAUUUGUUCGCAAGAUAAUGUCCCCAGUGUGUCAUCCAUUAAUAGGAUUGUUCGAAACAAGGCUGCUGAAAAAGCAAAACAUGUCCAUCAUCAACAACCACAACCACCUGGUAACAACGGCAACUCUAACCACAAUGCCGUAGACAGUGUGGACAGCAACUGCAAUGAUGUAAGCCACCAGACACAAAACAGUACCAACAACUCAAAUAACACAACGUCGGUUAUAGCGCAUGCACCAGCAGCGGCAGCUACGGGUGCUGCCGCAGGAGCACAUUUACAGCAGCAGCAACAACAAAAUAUACUUAGCGCAGUAGCGUCAAGGACAGGAGUUGCUGGUAAUGGCAAUAACAGUCACAAUGGCGUUGAACACCGGUCGACUGGAUAUAGCAUAAAUGGUAUAUUAGGCAUACACCACUCCACAGAUCUACAUGGAAAUAACCUUAAAAGAAAACUGAUAGAUGAUCAUGACGAAAAUCGUGACGUUAACAUGCCUUCAGAGGAGGACAUUAAAAGGCAGAGGAUAGCAUAUAGCGGUGAUCAAAUAUACUCAAAUAUUUGGUCUGGAAAAUGGUGUAUCAAAGACGAGCAUAAACUCCUUUCCGAAUUAGGUAGCUUGACAACGAAUAGUAACACCGCCUAUUAUGAUACUCACAACAACUUUUCUGCAACAGGCGCACCUGGAAGUGAUGCAAUGAUUUAUGAUAGUAUAUCCUCACUGUCGCAGUCGCAGAAUUCUUUAUAUACACCGUCAAUAGGCGCAUCUAUUGGCAGUAGUUCGUUAACGCCGCUAGUACCCAUAAAUAUGUCAGACAUGAAAUUAAGUGCAAGCACACAUGAACCAAAUAUGUCACCCUAUUAUACAGCAGCCUGCGGAUCCGUCGUGCCAACAACAGACUACACUUAUAACGCGGCGUAUUCGCAAUAUGGGUCGGCGUAUGGUUCUUAUGGGUACACUGCAGGCACGGGAUUAUUAAAUUCUUCGUACUAUUAUGAAGGUAGCCAAAGUCAAACUUCGGCUGUGUUAAAUCAGGACAUGCGAUCACCACUAGCAGCAACUCGUGCGAAUUCAUUAGCAUCUGCUGCUUCGCCAACUGGAAGUGCGUGCACAAAAUCGGAAACAUCUGGCAUAUUCUUGGUGUAGUAGCUUAAGAACCGUACUAAAUUGUAUUCACAAAAUCAAUACAUACUAACGAUUUCGUACCGCUGCAAUAAU